AGCAAAUUUGGUUAACACAGAAUUAAAAAACACAAGGUGAGAGACAAGGUGCAGAGAACCGAGGAUACGGAAGAGCGGGGAUGUCCACGAAACGCCACACGAGAUUAUCUAUGGCGGAAACUUUCUAAAAGAAUCUGGUCCUUAUUUAGGAUAUAAACGCGUGAAUAAAAUCUGAAAAAUUCCGCGUCGGUGGGAUGCAAUUGGCUACAAAAAUAUUACAAAGAGAUUAAAUUUUAAUAAUUUACAAAAUUAUUAAAUUUCGGCCGAUACUCGAUAAUUUUUUAAAAUUACGUUUGUAAAUCCAAAAUCAUCACCGAAAAAAGGGGAUUUUCGAGAGAAAUCCCGUCUCGAUGUCACAUCCGUCUUUCCGACCGGGUAUUGCAUCAGCGUUGCAAUAUCAUUAAGCGUUAAAGAGAAAUAGAAAGUUUUCUGUCGGUGUUUAUCGAUUUAACGACAUAACUGCUCACCACCCCGUUAUAAGGAGUUAAACGAACAGCCAUGUCGGUGGAGCGUCGACGGAUCUCCCUCAGGAAUGCCACGGAAAUAAAAGUGAAAAAUCUGUUAAACCUGCUCUCGUGUAUCGUUUUGGCUCAGUGUUGCACCGAGUUCUUGAGCAGAUGGAAGAAUGUCCCGUGUCCCAGGUUUUUUCUACGGGUCACCAGAACCGAUUGUCUUCUAAGCGAAAACGUUUUUGUCGCUGUUAGCGUCGAUUAUCUUUUCAUCGAUUGCUACGGAGCGGAUCCGGAUCGUCGGAUCUUCCGGUGUUUGCAACAAACAGAAGACCUUAAUUUAGUAAUGCGCAAUUGUUAUUCCCGAAAUUUUAGUUUGAGUGAAUUUUUAUCUGGACUCGUCAUACGCAAUUUGCAAAUUGCAUUUACCAAAAUCGAACCGAAUUAUCAAACUUUGCACAUUGAAAAGCUGCCAUUUGUCAGAAACGUAUCCCUGUCCGGAAUAAGAACCGCAGGAACAUUCGACCUGACGUUCGAUUUCCAACCCGUCAUCUACUCGCUACAAAUUUUCGAAUAUAAUUUCACCUCCUUUCACCAGCCACCAUUUAAAAAUCUGACAAAUCUUCCAAUUCUGAAAAUAGUGUAUGGAAAUCUACAGCGUGUUCAGACGGAGCUACUCCAAGAGUUGAGAAAUCUCAGAAUACUAACCUUGUACAAUAACAGAUUAAGAGACAUUCCACGUGGAUUCUUUAAAAAUCUCACAUUGUUAACAUAUUUAGAUUUAUCCGAUAAUCAAAUCGAGAACUUCUCGGAAGAUAUCUUUUCCGAUCUCUUCAGCCUAGAAAUACUUCGGAUCAAAAACAAUAAACUGACGGUUCUUCCGGAAAAUUUGCUUUCCUCCCUCGCUCAGUUAAUCGGUCUCGAAAUAAGUGGAAAUACAGGAAUAAAAAACUUACCCAAAGGAUUCUUAAGAGGCUUGACACACUUAGAACUAUUUUGGGCAUCCGGAUGCUCUUUGGUACGUCUGGAGGAAUCUUUAUUUUCAGACACCACCUCCUUGAUAGACUUCUUCGUAGAUUUUAAUAACAUUACACGUCUACCGGAAGCACUGUUUAAUAACACGGAACAUCUGAGUCGUUUGUUUAUGACUGGAAAUAAAUUAUCGACUUUGCCACCGCGUGUAUUUUCUAACUUAAAGAGAAUCGGAUCAUUAGACUUAUCGUACAACAGACUGAACAGUUUACAUAAAGAUAUCUUCAAGCGCUUAUCAACACUGGCAGUGUUGCGGUUAUCCGAUAACGAUUUGUCCUCCUUGCACGAAGAUACACUUCUACCUCUUUUGAAUUUGAGGAUCAUCGAUCUAUCGAAUAACAACUUCGAACGUUUACCCGCAAAAUAUCCUUUUGGUUCCAGCAAUUAUUUGCAAAAUGUGAAGAUGAGCAACUCGAAUCUGAAGACUUUUCCUAAUAUUGAUUGGUCGAAUAACAACCUGACUGAAGUCGAUCUAUCCCACAACCAAUUUCGGCAAGUCACUCUACCCGUGUUUACCAAGAAGCGCACCAAGAUAUUGCUCAACCACAACAACAUAUCCACCAUCUACAUUGACUAUCGACGACAUUCUAACAGUUAUCCAGUGUAUAACGUCACAGGAAAUGUCAUCGAGUGCGACUGUCGAAUCAGACAGUUCUUGCGAUUUCUUCAUUUUGACAAAAACGCCGUCCGCAUUUUUCCAAAUUCCAAUAUCCUGAGAUGCAAUGGAGAUUCCGAAAAGAAACUAACAGAAAUUUGGCCAAUUUACAGUGUCUGUCCGCGGAAAGAGGAGUGUCCUUUGUUUUGCGAGUGCUACUUGACACUAGAAGGACAAAGUACAAUCGAUUGUUCUCGUAGAAAUUUAUCUAAUUCGCCCGCGAAUCUUCCUACAAAUGCAACAUUCGUCUUUUUGAACGACAAUCACAUUGCCAAUCUGUCCGAAGUGGACGGGACUACGUGGAAAAACGUCACCCAUCUCUAUCUUAGUAACAAUUCUCUGACGUCACUAAACGAUUGGGUCGUUCCGGAUAAUCUCCUCUAUUUGGCUCUGGAUGGAAACAAGCUGUCGGAUUUGCCCCCUUCUGUGAUGAAGCGCGUGGAAGAUUCGUCAAACUUCAGCAUCUUUCUUUCCAGAAACGAGUGGAAAUGCGAUUGUCACUCUGUUCAUUUUAAGAAGUGGUUCACGCGGAAUUUGCUUAAGAUCCGUGAUUCCGAGAACGUAACCUGCCAGAGAGUCAAUAGAGUUAAUAAUUCCGUGACACACGAGCUAAUUGCAAGUAUACCGCUGGAUGUGUUCUGUCUAAAGGAACCCGUGUGGCCUUUAUGGCAAAUAAUCGUUCUUACAGUUUCGGUAGUAUUGUUAUUGAUGUCAUCAGUUCUCGUAGUUGCCUGUUAUCAUUACAGACUCGCUAUAUUGGCCUUUCUGUACAGUCGAGACGUGUACUUGCCCUGUUGCUACAGGGUCCUCGACGAAGAGGAAAACAAGUACGACGCUUUUGUGUGUUAUAAUAGUUCCGAUUCUAACUUAACCAUGGAGAUGGUGGAUCGACUGGAACCCACUUAUCGCCUUUGUAUUCACGAACGUGAUUGGUUGGCGGGUAGCCCUAUUAGCGAGAACAUCGUGCAUUCUGUGCUUAACAGUAGAAGGACGGUGAUAUUGUUGUCUCGACAGUUUCUGGACAGCAUGUGGUUCAGUGUGGAGUUUCGUGUGGCUUACAACAGGAUGAUGGAAGACCAAGCUUAUCGUUUGGUUUUGGUUUUGGUGGAAGAUUUGGAGAAUUGGAAGGAGCUGGAGGACGAUCUUCGUCGUUUGCUUUCGACGAGAACUUACUUGAAGUGGGGAGAGAAAUGGUUCUGGGAAAAGUUGAAAUAUAUUCUUCGCAAACAAUAGUUGAUAAAAGCAAUUGGCUGGCUACUGUUAAAAGAAUGAAGCCAAGUUGUUUCUUGUUUCGUGAUUUGUCUGCGAUUUUUCGCUACAUUGUCAUUGUUGUUAGUGAUACUGAACAUAAUAAACACGAUGUAUAGAAAAUUAUGAUGUCAUAUUUCUGUUUUUUUCGUAUCGUAAAUUUACAAGUUAAACUUAAAAUAAUUGAAUGAUGAAUGAGACGGACGUGGUACUAAAAUGGUACUAAUAUUUCCAGUCAAAAAUAUAAUAAUUUCGGACGAUUACGGAACCCCAAUUUUAUGUAACGUUUUCAUCAAAUAGUUUAUAAUAAACAAUCAUCCCUAUCAUUCACUGUCUGAUUGAAAUUAAUGAAAUAGGUGCUAAAACUGACGCAAUUACAUAUAUAGACACUUCGUAAA